AUGUUGUUUAAGUACUUACUCUCUUUCCUACUUUUGUCGCAGGUAGUAGUUUCUCACCCGAAAUACUCAUAUCACAGUGACGCAGCCAUAAGCUAUUAUGGCUGCAAUUAUCUAGUCAGAGAAACCGCUCUGUUCUGCGGUGAAAAAUUUGCCGGUUGCACUUGUCACAAUUCAUACGCCAUUGCUACCAUUGCAGGUUGUUUGAAUGAUGGAAAAGCACCAGACGGACUGGAAAAAGCUUACUUUGCGUACUGUGAAAAGUAUAAUUAUGGAACAAUCACUGAGGAAAUGUAUUGGGCAGCUUACGAGAACUACACCAAGUAUGCUGUAUACCCUUAUGAAAUAGAAGAUUAUAACAUGUCAGUACCAUAUGAAGUUCCUCUUAAACUAAACUCUACCCUAAUUAAAUAUUAUAAGCAAUCCUACUACAACGACUAUGGAAAUCUCAGAGAUUCAUUGUACUACGGAAGUGGGAUGUUAGGCUAUUGGGCUCUUGUAUUUCUUCUUUCUGGAAUCGUUCAUUGGACGAAGGUCUUAUUCCCAGCCUUUGUGAAAAAAUUCGUUGGUCCCAUUUCAAACUGUUGGAGGAAAAAUGUCACUCUUCCAGCUCUUUUUAAGAAAGAUAAAGCCAAAGACAUACUGUGCUACAAAGUUUUUAACUUUUUAGCUCCUUCAAGAAUUGAAUCCAUAAUUAUAUUUGGCUUCUGUCUUGUUACAACCUUCUGCAGUGCCUACGGACUACAUUACUUUGAUGAAGAUGUCCUUUAUGCCGAUAGAGAACAUGCCAUGUUAAAGUAUUGUUCCGAUAGAACAGGAAUCAUUGCUACUAUCUUGGUACCAUUGCUUAUUCUUCUUGCUGGAAGAAAUAACUUUUUGCAGUGGAUUACAGGUAUCAAUUUUGCAACCUUUAUCACUUACCAUAAAUGGGUAGCUAGGGUAACAUUCAUAGAGGUUGUGAUUCAUGCAGCAGUUUGGACUAAAAUCUUCAAGUUGGAUAAUGAAAUGUCUGAAUACUAUGCAUUGAAUUUAAUGGUUUGGGGUGCUGUUGCAACCGUAGCAGGUGGUUUAAGUUGGAUUCUUAGUAUUUUAUACCUCAGAAGAAACUGGUACGAAAUUUUUUUACUUGUUCAUAUUAUUUUGGCUGUCUUCUUCGUGGUAGGUACCUGGUACCAUGUUAUUGACUUGGGUUACCUAGAGUUUCUCUACGCUAGCGUUGCAGUUUGGGCGUUUGACAGAUUGGUCAGAGUUGCCAGAUUAAUUCAUUUUGGUUGCCCAAAGGCUGAAGUAUCUCUCUUGGCUAAUGAAACAUUGAAAGUGAUUGUACGUAGACCAAAAUUUUGGCCAGCAAUUCCUGGUGGACAUGCGUUCGUUCACUUCAUGAGGCCCUCAUGCUUUUGGCAAUCCCAUCCAUUCACAUUUACAGUCUCACCAGAUUCAGAUGAGAAUAUUGUUAUGUACUGUAAAGUGAAAGGUGGUGUUACGCAUGGUCUCUACCAAUAUUUAAAUACAUAUCCCGGUAAGACAACUCAAAUUAGAGUUUCUCUUGAAGGACCAUAUGGCGAGCCAACUCCUGCUAGGGCCUAUGAUUCAGCAGUAUUCAUUGCUGGUGGAAAUGGUAUUCCUGGUGUAUACUCAGAGGUCUUGGAUUUAGCAAUGAGAGCAACUGUUUCUUCCAAAAAAGCUUUGAAAUUACACUGGAUUGUUAAGGAUUACAAUUCAAUAUUCUGGUUCUAUGAUGAAAUUUUAGCACUAAGCAACACCAAAGUUCAAUGUACCAUCCAUAUUACUAGAGAAAAAAAUCACUUCGACGAUGAUCGCAUAUCUGAAAGAAACAUAGAUAUGCACACUAGUUCUGAUGAUAGUAUACCAAAUGAAAAGAAGAGUCAAUCGCCUAACUUCAAUUCGACUGAUGAAGUUAAUGCUAAUACAAUUAGCAUGUUUAAAAAAGAUUUGCGUCAUGUGUCCUUCUUGGAAAGUAGACCUUCUAUUGAAAACAUUGUUAAAGCUGAAAUAGAAGAAUCUUACGGGUCCGUUGCGUUCGUCACAUGUGGACACCCAUUGAUGGUUGAUGAAGUACGUUACUGCUGUGCUCACGCAUUAUACGACUCAAAGGGCAAGAGAGUUGACUUUUUUGAACAAUUACAAAUUUGGGCUUAA